AUGCCUCGCGCCAACGAUCCAAGCUCCAAGCUCUUCUACAAGGGCCGUUCGGACGACUUCAUCGUCUUCGUUGACGAUCUCGACACCUUAAACAAAUGGCGCAGGGACCGCACUAUUCCUCUCGCGAAUGUUGUUAACGGGUGGAAAAUAUUUACUACUCACAGGCAUGGAGCUCAGGGAGUGCUAGACGGAGCCAGUCGAGCCAGUCUUGAAAAUGAAUUCGGAACAUAUAAUGAAGAUGUUUGCAUGGAGAAAAUCCUCGAGAGGGGAGAGUACCAGCUUUCUGCGCAACGCGAGCACCAGGCCGAGAGGAACGUGGCCAAUGAAGGUCCAUCAAUAUUGAGGUAG